UUUUAUUAAUUGUCUUUUUUAAUGUUGCGUUGAAUGAAAAUUAGUUUGACGACCAACAACGAUAACAACGAUUAUAAAGUUAUCAAAAAUGAGUUCUUCGCGUAAAGUUUAUAAAAGAACUUUUUCAAAGUAUGACAUCAUCUCAAGUAAUCCAUCAGUAAUUGCACUUAAAAGUCUAUUUAACAAAUACGAUGUUAACGGCGACGAGUGUCUUGACGCAAAAGAACUUGCAUCGUUGUUGACAACGGAUAUUGGUUUAAGCGAGGAACAAGCAGAAACUUAUAUAUAUAUCCUCUACAAAAACGGAAAGACUUUUAUUUCUUUUGAAGAAUUUCAAGAUUGGAUGAAUAAUAACGAUAACUUAAAAGACGUUACUGACGCAACCCGUUAUUAUUAUUUACGAAAAGCCAUUGAGAUGUUUCAACGUUACGAUUCUAACGAUAAUUUUUCACUUGAUCGCGAAGAGUUAAGACUUUUAUUAUUAGAAACUGGUGGAAAAGAAGAACAUCUUGAAAUAACAUUAAAACAAUUGGAUAAAGAUGGAAACGGUUUAAUAUCAUUCAAAGAGUUCUUGGAGUGGUUGAACUGGACUCCACUAAAUGAUAUAUUUAAUUAAUAAUAAUUUUUGAAAUAAAUUUUUACGUAUUACACA